AUGUCUUAAUAAUUUUAUAACAAAUACAGGCAUUUGUUUGAAGAUGAAAUGUUUGAUUAAGUGAAGCUUGGAUAUGAUAUGUAGAUGGCCCCCCCAUAAUAAUAGAUUCCAUAGUUUAAACAGUAUCAGCAACAACCAAAAUAUUAAUAACAACAAUCUCCAAUAAAGUAGGAAUCGCCAUAUAAAAUUGUGCAACCUCAGUCUUAAUUCACUUAGCCUUAGGUUUAAUCUUUUUAAGUUUCAUCACAAGAAAGGUCAACAUUGAGUAGAAAGAAUUUUAAUGAUGAAAGAAUAAGAAAAUAAGUUAUGCAAGAUAAUAUUUUUAAAUAACCAACAUUAGAAUAACGAUAGUCUGAUCGAGUAUAUUAAUAAAAUUAACCAUAAUAAAUAUAACAUUAGGAGUAACCACUUUAAGAGAGAAAAUAAUAAUAAUAGACUUAUAAUGUGUUUUAAGAUUAAGACAUUUUAGAUGAUUAUGCUCCUAAGAGAUAAAGAUAAUAAAUUUAACCAUCAAAUGAUAAUUAAUAGAUAAACAAUAUUCAUAGAGUGUAUCUUUAGAGAUUGUAAAGUUGAAUAUAUAUUUUUAUAGGAAUGAUCUUGAUUAUAUAAGGAAAAAAUACCUUGAUCCAAAAUAAUUAGCAAGAGAUAUAGAUUAAAACAAUCCAUAUAAAGCUGCUUUGAUGUAGCGUAUUUUAGCAUAAAUGAAUGGAAAUUAAAGGAAAAGUAAAUUAAAAGAAGCGUUAAGAAAUUGA